UGUGGAGCUACUCCAACAAAUUGCAAAUAUAAUGUUACCGCUGUAAGAAAUGAGGCUACUGGACAUUUUGAAUUAUUUGAGAUGGGGGAACAUUCUCAUCCGAUCCGUGCCAAUAUUUCUAGCGGUAUUCUUGUUGAUCAGACCAAUCCUAUUUGUCCACAGCCACUUACUCAAAAUGUAAUUUCUACAAUUAAAUCUACUGAACCCUCAACUGAGGAACCACAAAAAGUGGCAACUAAAGAAGAAAAACCAUCAACAAAAGAACCAAAGAAGGAAAAACAAGUUGCAGCAACUUCUAAGCGUAAAUCUUCGCCUAAACCGAAGAGGUCUAUGCCACCUAAGAAACUUGCAAAGUUGACGGAUGAUGAUACUAAAAGGCGUGAUUCAUCAAGUGAAAGCAUUAAAUCAGAAAUGACUUCAACAACCAGCGGUUCUAGUAUUGGUUGGAAUUCAAAACGUAAGAUGCUUCCGCGUGCUGCGAAGAUGAACAUCAUUAAUUCUGAAAAGCGGGCUUCGUUAAAUCUUCUCAUGUCGCCAUGUGAACCUAUGACAAGAUCGCGUGCUCGAACUUUAUUGGAUAAAAGUAAUUCUGCUAAACCUGUGCAUGUUCCCAAAAGGAUUUUGUCGGCUCCCAAACUUUCUGUUGAGAACAAACCAAAGUCUGCAUUAAAUAGAGGAAUGAAGCGCUGUGUGGUCUAUUCAUCUUCCUCCUCUUCCGAAAAAAGUCUUCCUAAAAAUGAGCCAGAAGUGGAUGUUCUUAGUUCUUCCUCGGAAGAUUCAAUUUCUAAUUUCACGGCCAAAAAUGAUUUUCCAUCAUCUUUUCGUUCAAAAAAGUGUGGAAUUCUUUGGAAUCGAAUUGCUACAGUUUUUGGUGAUGAUGCGCUAACAAAAUUUCAACAAAUUAAUCAUAUGCGUUCCUACAAACGUUUAAUUUGGAAGUGUAAUUUGGAGCCACGAAGCAAUGAAUAUCGAAAUAAUUGUCAAUAUAUGAUGCGCGUCCUUCCUAAAAAGGAUAAAAAUUCAAAUAUGUAUUAUGUCUACUUUUCUGGCGUUCAUAAUCCUUCUUGUAAAAAAUUUCAAAAUGAAGAUCCUAAAAUUAGAGAUUUAAAGAAAACUGCCAGUAUCAAUCAUUUAGAGAUUAAUGAAGAUAAAAAUGACAUUCAAGUCCAUUCAAAACGUCAGGCUGCAAUUACCGCUUCGAGGAAAAUUUCUGGUCAAAGUGAAAAUACCAAAAAGAGAACAAUAAAGACACGUUCCUUAAUUGAAUUGGAUUGUACGAGUUCUGAAGAUUCUGAGAAUUUUACUAAAAAUUCUGAAAAGUCAAAAGAAACUUCGAUUGAAUCGGAUGAUGAACCAGCAGCUAUAUUCAUUCAACACACCUUCAAUAAACCUCCAACAGAAAAUAACUCUAAUAGUAAGAAGACAGUUUCUAUUUCUGAUCGUCAUGAAAAACUCAAAAGAAAUGAAAGUUUGGUAUUUCAAUCGCCAACAUCUAAUGAUUUAAAUGAAACAUUUCCUCAAUUAAUUCCUCCAACCUUAAUUUCUUCUUCUACUCCAAUUAAUAGCAAUAAUAAACAAAAUUUAAAUUUAUCUUCAUCAAAUAUUCGUUUAAAUCCAGCUCCAAUAAUUACUUUAACUCCUUCAGAAACUCCACGUAGAAGUUUGGAAAAUGCGGCGGAAGAAUCUACAGCAACAUUAAUUAUGUUGGAUAAUUCUCCAAAAAUGGAUUUACCUAGAGAUUGGAAAUUUAAAUUGGAAAGUGUUUUUGUACAAAUGAAUCAAUUGGCUGAAGAUCUUCAUUUAAAAUUUACUUGCAAAGGUUUAAAUUUGGGAGUAUUUUCGUCAAAUGAACAAAGCCAAACUGGACAAGUGCUUGUUUUAAAUGAUCAAAUAGAAGAUGAUGUUUUUGUUAAAGUUUCGGAAUUUGGCGAUUGGAAAUUAAUUUGUGAGGAAAUGUGGCCGAAAGCAGGUGUUCGUCAAUUUUUAUAUGCUGUACGUGGAAAGCUUAUUGAAUUUUUCUUUGUCAUUCCUAGUUCGCCACCUGGAGGGAGUGAAAUAAAUACAAAUGAUGGAAAAUCUUUGGUUAGCGAAAUUAAUUCGGAAGGAACUACAACAGCAACUUCGUCCUCUGUCCAAUUUAAACGUGAAAAUACUGAAGAUCUCUCAACUGUUGUUUCUUUCGAAGGAGAUUUUGUUGGAAAAGAUAAAGAAGGAAAUUUAGAAAUUUCUGUUCAGGUAAAUAUUCAGGUAUUUUUAAUUAUUUAA